AAAACACACACAUAAUUGUGUCAAAUCUAUAUUGUUUAUGAUGUCAUUGCUCAAAAAACCGCAUGAGCCCAUCGCAUGACCUUGUUCACCUGCACCAGCAAAACGAAACCAAUAAUCACGGAAGAGAUGGAAAACGUAAAUUAGGCUCGCUGUAUCAACAAGCGUAGUAUAUGCGUAACACAACGCAGUACUCGUUUGAACUUUCACGUGGGCCGCAGCUGUAGUAAUUUUUCCUAAAAGUUUUUGAGCCAAUAACUGCAGCUGUCGUAACAAGUCAUUCAUGAUGUUAUUUCUGCCUGACUGGUUCCUCGACAACUUCACAUUUCUGAGUUUGAUCGCCGUUUUCGUGAGCUUCUACUAUUAUUCGACAUCGACGUACGGUAAAUGGCAGAAAUUGAACAUUCCGUACUUACCACCAGUGCCACUGUUUGGCAACACGUUCAGAAUGAUGUUGAACCUCGAACAUCCAAUUGACACGUUUGAAAGGUUCUACUACAGUUUUCCAGACGCAAAAGUCUUCGGAUUCUACCAGAUGAGGGAGCCGAUGCUGUUAGUCCGUGACCCGGAGCUCAUCAACAGGAUACUGGUAAACGAUUUUUCAUACUUCACCGAUCAUGGUAUGGACAUGGACCCGUCCUCGACUGUGGUAGCCAACAGUCUGUUUUUCACCAAUGGCAAAAAAUGGAGGACAAUGCGCCAGCAACUGAGUCCAGGCUUUACGUCCGGCAAGUUAAAAGAUGCGUAUUUUCAAAUCAACGAAUGCGGCAACGAGAUGGUAUCUGGCCUUGUCGAGAAGCUAGGGAAAACUAACAUUAUAGAAGUGAAAACGAUGACUGAUGGUUUUUCCACAGACGUAAUUGGAACUUGCGCGUUUGGUCUGAAACUGGAUGCGAUCAAGAAUGAUGAGUCGGACUUCCGCCGGUACAUUAGAUUGUUUUUCCACAGCUCCUGGAAACAGAUGAUUUUCCGGGUGAUGGCAAUGACCAGCCCCUGGGUGAACAAGCUAUUAAAAUUACAAAUGUUUUCUGAAGAAGCUACCAACUUUUUCUAUAAGGUGUUCACUGACGUCGUCAAUUACCGUGAAAAGCACAAUGUGGUCCGGAACGAUUUGGCGCAAACAUUGAUGCAAGCGCGAAAAGAAUUAGUGUUGAACCCGACCUCCGAAG